GAAGAGGUGUCAUGUGUCCAUGGAGGAGCAGCUGUCCUGCUGUGCCUUGUGUGAGGACGUCCUGAAUGAUCCGAUCCGUUCCAGCUGUGGACACUGGUUCUGCAGACAGUGCAUCACCUCAUACUGGAACCAGUCUGGUUCAUCAGGAAACUCCUCCUGUCCCCGGUGUGAACAAAGGCUGCAGACAGCCAGUCAGACCAGCAGUGUACAAACCGAUAGUCGUCUGCAGGAGGUUUUGGAUCAACAUAAGAUCAGUCUGAGGAGCAGAUGUGAACAUGUGACUGAAGGAACUGAUAAAACAGGAAGUGGAAUCCUCCUCAACAAGAUCUACACUGAGCUCUACAUCACAGAGGGACAGAGUGAUGACGUUAAUACCCAACAUGAGGUGAGGCAGCUGGAGAAAACUUCCAAGAUGAAGAAAAUCUAUGACAUUCCAAUCAAGUUCCACGACAUCUUUAAAGCUUCACAUGACCAACAGAGACCCAGAGUGGUUCUGACAAACGGUGUCGCUGGCGUUGGAAAAACCGUCUCAGUGCAGAAGUUCACUCUGGACUGGGCCGAGGGCUUGGAAAACCAAAAUGUCAGUCUGCUGAUUCUGCUUUCGUUCAGGGAACUGAACUUGAUAAAAAAUGAGCAGUACAGUCUUCUCAGGCUGCUCCAUGUUUUCCAUCCAACAUUACACAAGAUCACAGCAGAGGAUCUCGCUGUCUGUAAAGUGUUGUUCAUCUUUGAUGGCCUGGAUGAAAAUAGAUUUUCACUGGAUUUCAACAACAGGGAGGUUGUGUCUGAUGUCACACAGGAGUCAUCAGUCAAUGUGCUGCUGACAAACCUCAUCCAGGGGAAUCUGCUUCCCUCUGCUCUCAUCUGGAUAACUUCCCAUCCUGCAGCAGCCAGUCAGAUCCCUCCUACAUGUGUUGACAGGGUAACAGAAGUACGAGGCUUCACUGACACACAGUGGGAGGAGUACUUCAGGAGGAGGUUCAGUGAUGAAGAGCUGUCCAGCAGGAUCAUCGCACAUAUCAAGAAAUCCAGGAGCCUUCAUAUCAUGUGUCAAAUCCCAAUCUUCUGCUGGAUCUCUGCUACAGUUCUGGAGCACAUGUUGAGCACACACCAGAGAGGAGAGCUGCCCAAGACCCUGACUGACCUGUUCUCACACUUCCUGAAUGUUCAGACAAAGAGGAAGAAUCAAAAGUUUAAUAAGGGACAUGAGACGAGUCCAGAGGAGCUGAUGGAGGCUGACAGGGAAGUUCUCCUGAAGCUGGGGAGGCUGGCGUUUGAACAUCUGGAGAAAGGAAACGUCAUGUUCUACCAAGAAGACCUGGAGCAGUGUGGUCUUGGUGUCACAGAAGCCUCAGUCUACUCAGGAGUUUGUACUGAGAUCUUCAAAAGAGAGAGUGUGAUCUUCCAGAAAACAGUCUACUGCUUUGUUCAUCUGAGCGUUCAGGAGUUUCUGGCUGCAGUCUACAUGUUCCACUGUUACACCAACAGGAAUACAGAAGUACUGAAGGACUUCCUGGGAAAAGACCACAGUAACCCAUCUCUGGAUGACUUCCUGAAGGGAGCCAUGGAGAAAUCCCUGAAAAGUAAAAAUGGCCACCUGGACCUGUUUGUUCGCUUCCUUCAUGGCCUAUCUCUGGAAACCAACCAGAGACUCUUAGGAGCUCUGCUGGGUCAGACAGAGAACAGUCCAGAAAUCAUCCAUAGAGCCAUCAACAACCUGAAGGAGAUGAACAUGUACAAUAUCUCUCCCGAGAGAAGCAUCAACAACUUCCACUGUCUGAUGGAGAUGAACGACCACUCAGUUCAUCAGGAGAUCCAAAAGUUCCUGAAGUCAGAGAACAGACUACAGAAGUACCUCUCUGUGAUCCACUGCUCAGCUCUGACCUACUUGCUGCAGAUGUCAGAGGAGGUUGUGGAAGAGUUGGACCUGGAGACGUACAACACAUCAGUGGAGGGACGACGGAGGCUGAUCCCAGUUGUGAGGAACUGCAGGAAGGCUGUACUCUCUAGUUGUCGAAUCUCAGAGAUUCACUGUGAAGUCGUGGCCUCAGCUCUGAAGUCCAACCCGUCCCAUCUGAGAGAACUGGACCUGAGUUACAACAAGCUGCAGGAUUCAGGAGUGGAGCUGCUGUGUGCCGGACUAGAGAGUCCGAACUGCAGUCUGGACACUCUGAGAUUGAGUUACUGCAGUUUGUCCGAGAUCAGCUGUGCUUCUCUGGCCUCAGCUCUGAGGUCCAACCCCUCCCAUCUCAGACACCUGGACCUGAGUGACAACGAGCUGCAGGAUUCAGGAGUGAAGGAGCUGUGUGGUUUUCUGGAGAGUCCAGACUGCAGACUGAAGACUCUAAGAUUGAUGGACUGCAGUUUGUCAGAGAUCAGCUGUGCUUCUCUGGCCUCAGCUCUGAAGUCCAACCCUUCCCAUCUGAGAGAACUGGACCUGAGCGGAAAUAACGUGCAGGAUUCAGGAGUGAAGGAGCUGUGUGGCUUUCUGGAGAGUCCAGACUGUAGACUGGAGACUCUGAGAGUCGACGACAGGGUGAUUAAAGCUUCCGUAGACAAAACCUUUGUAGGUGGUGGCUGCUGAUUGGACCAGAGACUGAUGCCGCCUACUUUCAAAUGGUACUUGCCAGAUUCGCACCGGCACUUUUUUCCUGGCUCCCAACCAGACCGGCCCGCGCUGUGAUCCCACAUUGAUUGAUUAAACUAAUCUUUGUUGUACAUAAUGCAAAUAAUAAAAUAAUAAUAAUAUAUACUGUAUGUGCACACACAUGCACAGAUAAUGUGAUGGUCAGAUAAUGAGUAGGAUUUAGAGUUAGAGUUUCAAUAAUUGAAUCAAUAAUGGAGGGGAAUGUAAAUGAAGGAGAAUAUAAUAUGAUUAAAAGAAGUAAUAAAACAGUGAUGGUAGUGUUUGGCAUGUCCAGGGAAUCAUUGGGGGCCAAGGUUAUAAAGCAAGAGCUCAAAAUGAUUCAUUUGUAUGUAAUACUGCAAUUUCAGGAGAGGACAACAGGAUAACGCUAUGGUAUAGUUUGUUGUAAUCUUUUCAAGAACCUGAUGUUAAACUUCUAAAAUUAAAUAUGUCUGGUGUUGUGUUUACUGAUUUACUGUCCAGUCUGAAUUCUAGUCUCUCUCUGUACAGCUACUAACUAAAUGAAAGUGACAAAAAGAACUCCAGUUUUAUGUUCCAGUUCUUCCACAUGAUUCUUUUCGAGUGUGACACAGGUGGUGAUGUUGUCCCCAGGUUGAUUUUUGUGGGCCAUUCCAAGUCAAAAGUCUCAGGUCAAUUUUUAUUCCCACCACUUCCCUGAUGUUUGGUGUCACCUGGAUGAAAUCAUGAAUGCUUCUAGUCCUAUUUAGACUGGGGUAGUGUUGCACUUCAGCCUCCUGUGGCCAAAAUGAGUAUUACAAAAGAGAACAUUAAAAAAAGAAAAUACUGACUGAUCACUCACUUUCCUCACAAUAUAGAAACAAAAUGUUUGUGAGGAUUUGUUAAUGUAAUGUAAUCCUCAUUUUGGCCACAAGAGGCAUUCAUUCAAAGCAUGCAACAGCAUCAGAAACCACUGACAGGUUUCAGUAGUGGAAGCAGAUGUAUCGAGCCACAUCAGAGCUGAAGUGAUUGGAAGGGCCACCUGGCAAUUCUUGGCCUAGGGCCACAACAGACUCUAGAAUCUCUUCUGUCCACCAGAUAUGGAUGAAACAGUGCUGAAAUAAGUCAGAGUUAAACAGAGGUAUUAUAUCCAGACUAUAAAGGCUUCAUGACAAAAAAUCUCAUACCACACAGUAUGUUAAGAAUAAAUGAGAAGAUAAAGGUAACUUUGAAAUCUCAAAGCAAGAACGGUAAAGCGACUUUAACUUUCAAUGGAAAUGCACCUUCUUGCACACGUGAAGGGAAUUUGGAUGGAAGUGUCUGAUGAAAUUUUUAUUCCCCAAAGCAGCAAGCACGGCAAGCAAGCAAUUGAAUAAUCCUUAAUAUAUAAUGCAGAAAUAAAUAUU